CCCCGCGUGGGAUCCCGGGGAAGUCGUCGAGGGCCCCUCCGCUCGGCCCCCGAGUCCCGCGAAGGCUGCCCGUCCCGAGCCCCGGUGCCCUCUGCGCCCUCCGACCCGCUCUCCCCUCGAGGUCUGGGGGCGGCGGCUCGGGACGUCCAGACUCAACUCUCGGCCGGAGCCAGAGACUCGAGAAUUGCGUUUGGACAAUCAGGAGCCGCGGCCCGGGCGGGGAGGGGGCGCGCGGAAGCGGGGACACACGCGCGACGGGGCCCCGCGGGGAGGGGCGUGUGGGUGGGGGGCACGAGGGGCACAGUGUGCAGUGGGAGUGGGCAGCGGCCUCUUAGGACCCUCGGAGAGGAAGGGGGCCCGCAGGAGAGAGCAGGAAGGAGCGGAGCCGUCCGCGCUGAGGGCAGGGAACGAGAGGGGUACGCGGAAAGCGACCGUGAUGGGCGAUCGGCCCGCCAGUCUGAGGUGGGGCUCCAGGACUUGGGCCGAAGCUGCCAGGGGGUGGCUUGUCUCUGGGACAAGUUAGCAGCGGGUCCCCUCGACCCCCACCCCAGUUCCCCCCUACUUCCCUGUCCUCUCCUUCUGUCCGUGGCCAGUCCUUAUGUGGGCGCCCGAGUCGAUUAGCGCGGACCCCCUCCCCUUCCUCCUCCUCCUCCCAACCCCCUCCCUUCUGCUCUCCUCCAGCCCCUUUCAUCGGCUGGUCCAUUCCCCUAAUCCUGGCCCCCUCCCCUAAUCCCCCCCAUCCGACCCCAGGCCGGCUGCAGCUAUUGUAAGGUGGAGAGAGAGGGGAGGGGGGACUGAGAGAAAGGAGAGGGGUGGGGGAGGGCCACCUGUUCCAAGACCCCCUUCCAAGGCCAGACUGGACACCAGGAUGGGGCCAAGAACAAAUCACCCUUGGGGACCAUAAGGACCCAGGCAGUUGGGGGAAGGGCACUGGCCUUCGGAUCCAGUGAGAGGGGGUGGGGCAGAAACCCCUCCCUCCAAAAAGACCCAGAGUGUCACGCAUACACAGUGACAUACACUCUUUCCUCUCACACCCGGCGGCGGGGGUUGC